GGUCCUCGUCACCCGCCCCCUUUCUCUCUCUCCCUCACUCCUUCGGUCUCCAGUCUGCCUCUGUUGUCUCGGCGGCUGGUAGGGUCGGGGAGAGAGGAUCUCGCGAGUCUUGGAGUUUUGGUGAGAGUUUGUGGAAGAUGGCGCCUGUUGUGACAGGGAAGUUUGGGGAGCACCCUCAACCACAGCGCCUGACGAGAGAAGCCAUGCGGAAUUACCUGAAGGAACGAGGAGACCAAACUGUGCUCAUCCUACACGCUAAAGUUGCACAGAAAUCAUACGGCAAUGAAAAAAGGUUUUUCUGUCCUCCCCCUUGUGUGUAUCUGAUGGGCUGUGGAUGGAAGAAGAAGAGGGAGCAGAUGGAGCGAGACGGCUGUUCGGAGCAGGAUUCUCAGCCCUGUGCCUUCAUCGGCAUCGGCAACAGCGACCAGGAGAUGCAGCAGCUAAACUUAGAGGGGAAGAACUAUUGCACAGCCAAAACAUUGUACAUCUCAGACUCAGACAAACGCAAGCACUUCAUGCUGUCGGUGAAGAUGUUCUACGGAAACAGCACAGACAUCGGCGUCUUCCUCAGCAAGAGGAUCAAGGUCAUCUCCAAACCUUCCAAAAAAAAACAGUCCCUCAAAAACGCAGACCUCUGUAUAGCAUCAGGAACAAAAGUGGCGUUAUUUAACCGACUUCGCUCGCAGACGGUCAGUACACGUUACCUGCACGUCGAGGGAGGAAACUUCCACGCCAGCUCACAGCAGUGGGGAGCCUUCUACAUCCACCUCUUGGAUGAUGAAGAGUCCGAGGGAGAGGAGUUCACUGUGCGAGACGGCUACAUUCACUACGGCCAAACCGUCAAACUGGUCUGCUCCGUGACGGGCAUGGCUCUUCCUCGCCUGAUCAUCCGUAAGGUGGAUAAGCAGACCGCCUUGCUGGAUGCAGAUGACCCCGUCUCCCAGCUGCAUAAGUGUGCCUUUUACCUGAAGGAUACGGAGAGGAUGUACCUGUGCCUUUCUCAAGAGAGGAUCAUCCAAUUUCAAGCUACUCCAUGCCCAAAGGAACCAAAUAAGGAGAUGAUAAAUGACGGUGCCUCCUGGACAAUCAUCAGCACUGAUAAAGCAGAAUACACCUUCUAUGAGGGCAUGGGCCCUGUACACACCCCCGUCACACCCGUGCCUGUGGUUGAGAGCUUACAGUUAAAUGGUGGAGGAGACGUAGCAAUGCUGGAGCUGACAGGACAGAACUUCACUCCAAAUCUGCGGGUGUGGUUUGGUGAUGUAGAGGCUGAGACCAUGUACAGGUGUGGCGAGAGCAUGCUGUGCGUCGUCCCAGACAUCUCGGCAUUCCGCGAGGGCUGGCGGUGGGUGCGGCAGCCGGUGCAAGUCCCUGUAACACUGGUCCGUAACGACGGUAUCAUCUAUUCCACAACGCUCACGUUCACAUACACGCCUGAACCCGGUCCACGUCCGCACUGCAGCGCAGCUGGCGCCAUCCUACGAGUGGGCAACACCAGCUUGCUGUCCACGACCGGCAACAGCGUGGGAGGGAACGGAGAAGUGACACCCUACGGUGCCAACAGCACAUCUAAUGCCAUCACAGCGCCGUCCUCUAAUGCAGCCGCGGCUGUUGUGUUAUAACACACGCAGCAGUGCUCACGAACUUGCAAUGUGCUAUGCGUGAAACAGUUUCAACAGACUACAAACUAUUUGUAAAAGUGCUGCAUAUUGAAUUUCAAAAUAAAAUCCCUGACACGGAAAACAAGGGAGAUAGGUGGAAAAAAAAGGCUAAACCUGUGGCGAGGACGAAAUAUUUGAGAAUGGUUCUUCUGUGCCCUCUUGUGGUUUUCUCUACGGAGCCGGUCUGGUGCUAGCAAUAGACAGUGCCUGAGAGGAGGUGGUCAACAGGUGAAGAAGACAUGGAGACAAGACCACAGCAAUGAUACAUCAACCGUGUUUUAAAAUGCGUCGACUGAAAAUUAUGUUUAGUCUCUUACGUUGCUUCCUUGUGGUCUGUGUGAGCGUGAUAUGGUGUGAUUUUUCAAAGCCUGGGAGGUCGAAAUUCUUAGGGUCACGUUAAAAUUGUGAGAUGACAGUUAUUAUGGACCAAGGAUAUUGUAUAAGCUUUAGUAAAGGUACAAUUUUUUUUUUAUAUCAAACAUUAUAGUGCGCUUUUGUUACCAAAUAGGUUCUAUUCCUCUCUGAGCUUUCCUUCUGUAUAUAGCUACUUUCAUAUACAUUGGUUCACUUGGACUACUUCAGUUUUGAUGCUUUGUAUUUUGUAAUAGCCCCCACCCCACCCCUUUUUUUGUUUUCCAUUUGGUUAAAUCGUGUUAAUUUUACAUUUGGGAGAAACUCACAGGGUCUGUUUUUUUUAUCGUUCAUUUUUAUAAAGAUUUUAAAAAGAAAAGAGCUUUAAGCAAUGCCUCUGCCUUGCCUGCAUUACGAUAUGCGCUUAGCUUCCUUUAAGCAUUUCAUCGCUGUGUCUAGAUCUCACAAAAGGAACAAUGCCAUCUUUCUGUCUUAUUUGGGAAUAUAAACCAGAAAACACGAUAUAGAGGAUUUGGAUGCAACACAGUCUUUGAUACGGAAGCCAUAGUGUAGUUGAUUUGUUGUAGAGCACAUGUAGAAGCUCACAUAUCAAAAACUUCGCUGUAGCUGGAUAUUUGUUACGUUUAAUUUCUGGCGGUUUUAGUGCCGUUUUAUAAUGUCUCCUUUUCUUAAAAUUCAGUUUUUUGUGGUCUUCCUAAACUCGCAUUUUCUAAAAUUUGAAAUGGUCUCAAAAACAGUUGAUUUGGAGAUGUGCUCUACUAUUAGAUGUGGCCUUACUGGAACAAAGGUUCCCCGUUUAGUUCACCCCUUCAAAAGGAGGUUUACAAACACGACCCGAGGAACCAAGCCUUGCUUUUUGAACAUAUUGACAUGCGAUUUUUGAUACUAAAAUUCCCUAAACUUUCAUUUUUUGUUUGAAUUGAGAACAUUUUAAUGUGUACUAGAUACAAACAUACCCAAAGAUAUUAUAUUGCGUUGUUGUCUCUGUUUUUUGAAUAUUUAAAGAGUAUGUCGGGAUUUGUGGCCUCUCGCAAACCAAAAGUAGGAAGCUUUACUUCGUUGGUCAUUGAUGUGUUUAUCGUGGCCUUGGUGUCUCAGCAACUAGUAGACUAGUAUUAAUGACUAAAAAAAAACCUAGCUGUAAUGAACUCAUCAACCAGCACUAAUAGUGUUUUGUGACUUUCUUUUUUUAUGUACAGUAAUUUAACGUUUGAAUUUUAUGCGUCCAUUUGUAAAAAAAGAAAAAAAGAAAAGAAAAAGUGAAACCAUUCAGCUAUUUUUUUUUUUUUUUUUUCUCGUGUGUCUGUGUCUCUUAACCUAGUUAUGUCCUUGGUGUUUCUUGUCGAAACGGUUGGGUGUUUAGUGUCCCAGUUUGUCCUUACCUUAUAUGUUAUUGUCUGGAUAGUUAAAGGACAUCAUGGGACUAGAAUCAUGGAAGUUAAUGGCCUUUAAAUGUGUGUGUGUGUGUGUCUCAAAGAUGUAUACAUACAGCAAUACUGUAUAGAUUACUUUUCGUGUGGAAAUAGCCACUGAUUUUUCACCAGCCUGAUCCACAGCAAAUGUGGCCAUGAAGAACAGCUGGCUCAACUAGAGUCAUAUUCACUUUCUUUCCUCCUCCUUCUUCGUCAUCUUCUUCUUCUUCAUACUUCAAUUUAAUCAAACACCUUUUGGUAGAUUUGUAGAUGUGCGUGGAUCCUCCACUGUCUUCCUUAAUUGGAAAAUCUGUAGUGUAGUACAAGUAGGCGACCUGUCAAAUAAGGCAAUACUCCAGCAUUGUAGGCCUAUAAUGUAGUAUAUUUUGGGAAAAAAAACUGUAACUUGAAUGUUUCUGCAAAAAAAAAAAAAAAAAGUUCACUUGUUGCCUCCACUAGCUUUUUCCUUUUCACCUCUUCAUCUCUUUUUCUUGCUAAUAAUGUCUUUGCUCUGUCUUUGAUGCAAAAAUCUUCCAUGAGUCAGUUUAAUCUGAAGCUCUUGCACUCAGUUUCCCAGAAUUCUCGCAUAACCGUCGUCUUCCAUAUUCUUGCGAUUCAGUCUCAUGUAAGCACACACUUCCAUUUGGAGGAAGAUGACACUGGGCAAAAGCAUGGAUGCAUUUUUUUAUUUGUAUGUACAAAUUUUACUGUGCCCAAAUUAAGCAGUCCAUUUAUUUCUAAUAUCUGAUGGAAUUUGAAUGGAAGUGAUUGUCUUUGUGAGAGCUUAUCAUGCCUUGCAUGCAAUUAUGUUUUUCUUUUUUGUAUAAUUCAAAUGCUUCCCUUGAUUUAUAUGCUAUCAGGAUUCCAAAAAGAAAGAAAAACAAGUGCUUUAAGCCAGUCCGCCUUGAAAUGAUACAGCAUCAUUGAAACAAUUUCUACACAAACUAAAGAAAGCGAUCAAUUCCGGCUGUAAAUUGUAGUGUGACUUCAUCAUGUUUUCAUUAGCGUAGCACAACAUAUCAUCAUUUAGACAUUUAUAUCAAGAACAUUAUGAUAGCUGCCUCUGUUCCACAUUUGUUUACAUUGUGAAUUUGCUCAGUUUUGUCCCUCACUUACUGUAGUGUUAUGGUGGUAAAGUGCAUUAUAUGAUGCACUCUGAACAAACCAAUUGACAAUCUUGCUGUUUUAACUGUUUACAUAAAAAAAAAAAAAAGUUUUUAGUUGAGGUUUCCAAUGAAGGAUUUGUUCUGUCCCAUAUCUGAAGCUGACAUGUUUGAGCUGUGUAUUGCACAGAAAAUUGGAGGACAAAUUCUAACAAACUCCAUAAAUUUGCAUUGUAUCAUUUUGCUGUCAGUUAUAAAUCAGUUGAAGAGCUCCAAACUUGUUUGUAGAGGUCAUGUAGCACACCUUAAAACCACAUUUAAUGGCAAACUGAGUGAACAAAUUGUCAGUUUUAUGUUUAAAAAUCAGCUGGUGUCACUGGUGUUAAUUUUUAUUUUUCUCCAUUAACACUGCUCUUCCAAAAGAAGAUGCGCUUGAUGAGCUCUCAGCAAUGUAUAGGUUAAAUGCCAAAUGUCUUAUACUUGCGUUUUCAUGCACUUCUUAACAAAAAUGGCACAACUUCUCGAAAAUAUCUCAGUUGUUACAUUAUAGAAGAAAAGAGGAUUGGGAAAUGUACCGUAGACGGACACAGUGGUAAUCUUUUGUGGUUUCCUAGUCCCAUACUUCCAUACAAAGAGCUUAAAUUGGUCAUAAUGUUGAGUUGUUUUGCCUUUUGGACAUGAACGUGCAACCAAAGGCUUUUUCUGUUUUACCAUCUGGAGAGUUUUGUGUGCAUGUGAUAUACUGUGUAUCAAGAUAUUAUGAUCUCUGCUGGUUUUGCACUUAGAGAAAACCAUUUGUCUAGAUUAGUUGCUUAAGGAGUGUAACGAUCACUUUUCAUGUAAAGUGCCUGAUUUGAUGCUCUGUGCUAGGCUUUAUGUGUGCAGUUCAUCCUCCACCCUUCUUAACCUUUCACUUCCCCUUUGUCAGUGUCUCUUUCUUUUAUUGCUCCCGCUUUCUUUUCUCCUUCUCGGUCUGUUCUAGUUAUAAUAUUCAGAGGUAUCAGUAUGGUAGCAAUCACAGUCCUUAAUGGGCCGAUGAUGUUAGGAUCAUGUGCCCUAAUGUGAAACAAGGGGGCAGAAAAGAAAAGAAAAACAUUAAUUUCAUUUGUCCGUUUGAUUUUGUACAUAUUGCACCUGCUCAGAUCCACCUGUCAUUAAAUAAAACUGCAAUAUUGGCAUAAAAAAAUCAAGGAAUACAAGU